GUUCGUUUGUUUUUGCGUGAAAAAAUUAGCAUUUCUCUCACGGUAUGCAAACGAGAGGGGACAUCAGCGUUUCUCUUGCAGAACGAAACUUUCCAUAUCCCACCUCAACAUAGAAAAUUCAUCUGCCAUCUCAUCCGUCCUAUCCCACUGUUCCUGGCAUGGCCGAAAAACGACCGAAGUACAUGAAUUGGAUUCUAGAGUGUAUAAACUUGCUCCGCAGUCGGAAAUCACGGCCCGACUUAGAACGAAUUUGCCGGACGAUGCUUAAAUGUCACGGAAUCGAUGAGCGAGACACAGAGGAAGACUUAGCAGUGCUUAUCGCGAGCGGAAUUGUGACAAAGAGGUCUUUUAAAGGCGCUAUUUCUUAUCGCAACGCGUCGGGUUGGCACAGAGUUCUUGGCUCCGGCAAAGUUUCGCGAGCGUCCCGAUGGGUAGGCGAAGCAAUUCGAGCGCUUGAUCGAGGUUACGGCGUCAGCGCAGUGGAAAUCGACAAAUUCAUAACUGCUCGGCACCCGUAUUACCAUAAUUUGAAGGCCAGGAUCAAGAUCGCAUUGAAAGACGAUUUAGAUCAUGGACGCGUAUGGAGUGUGAGUGACGGCAUGUACAGGCUGCUCGAAUCCGCGGAGGUAAGCUGAAGUCUUUCAAAACAUAAAAGUCGGGAACUUUUCUUCGCGGAAAGUCUCCUUAGUUUACAGACUCUGGUCGCAUACAUGUGACUGACAAAAAACGCAGCUCCCACCAAAACUUUUUACCACGACAAUCACAUUAAGUAAAAGGUCCUUAUCAUGUUGAUGGCAGCUUUUCGCAGUUUUUUUCUCACCCUGGUAUUUUGGCUGCAGUAAAUGAUAUUAGCAACUUUUGUAUGCCAUUUCAAGGCCCACGCGUGCACAUAUCCCCCAAUCUAUAGAAUACAAAAUGUUGACGUGUAUUUCCUUGUGGAGUGGUUAAUUAACCGAAGCUCGUAAACCUUGCUCGAGGCUUUUGGAAACCAUUUCCUGGUUCAAUAAAAAAAGACUCUCUAAAAGAAAAAUAAAAUUAUUGAACAGGAAACUUGAAAUGAAAUUUUCAGACACAAUGGCACACGUUUGAACCAAAUUGCUACAGUUAUUGUAAAAAUCGUUACAAAUGUAUCUUUAUGGAUAUAAACACUUGGCUUAAAUACUAUUAUGAUAAAUUAAGUUUACUCUCUACUCUUUCACCUCCAAGGUGAAUGAAGGAGUCUUUUUAUAAGGUGGUUGUAACUGGUUAGUUUGCAGAGGAAAUCCAAUGGUGGAUCCAUUCAAAUCAAUCCUCUUCAGCAGUAAUUUCACUUGGUACUAAUUGAGUUCCACCAUAUUACAAAAAAACUUUAGAAGUUUACCGUGGGAGGAUAAGCUCAGUCGAUAGAGCGCUUGACUGCAGAGGGGAAGGUCGUGGGUUCGAUUCCUGGGGCCAGACCAAUACUCAGAGUCUUAAAAUAACUAAGAAAUGAAGGUACUGCCUUUCUGCUGCAAGCGGCUAGACCUUCGCGUGACUCAGAUGACCACGUAAAAUGGUGGUCCCGUCUCCAGUAGGAGACGUAAAAAUAGUGUCCCCAAUUAGUACUUUCAUGCUAAAUACAUUGACACUCAAAUAAAGUGCUUUUUUUAUUUGUCAAAUCUUGACUUUGUAAUAUAAUAAUAUAUUGUUUCAAUAUUGAUAUUCAGUUCAUGAGAAGAAAUAAAUCAGUUUUGCGACACAUCAGUGAAUCAUUUCAGCCCUCUGUAAGAAGUAAAUAUGCCUCCAUUUACUCUCAGGCUUGCAUGACAAUAUAUAAAUAAAGACCUGAUUUACGAGGAAAAUUCUAAAUGUUAUCUUUCUAAUGAAAUAUAUAUUAUAGAGCCCGGAAAGAGAAAUUCCAGAAUGUGAUCAAGUUUGUGACUUCUGCCUUCAAACGGCGGCAGCAAACAGACGUGGAGAGCCAGAAGAUCUCUUAGUAUGCAGAGACUGUGGCAACAAAGGUUAGUAGGGAUAUUUUUCUGGCAACUAGAAAUGUUAUGGCAGUCCUCAGGGUAGGAAAAAACCCAGGUCCGAUUGCCCGGGGCAAGUUAGUUUUGAUCUUGGGUAAGUAAAAAUAGAAGUUUGGUGGCCCAAUGGGGGAGUGGAAUAGCCUCAGUGGUCCUGUGAGUCUGUCUGAAUGUGUCAGCUUGGUAAAUGAUAAUUUCUAGACAAAACUGUUUCAAAGACUGCAAUGAGUAGCAAAAUGCAUGAAUCAAUUUAAAAUCCAAUUGCACAUUUGCUUGCUUGUGUAACUCCUCCGAUCACCAUAUUGGUCAAAUCUAGUAGUUGCUCUGUAUCGUGGCACAGCAUUUAAGUACUAGUAAUCUGAUACACUUUGUUAUAAAUCUAUAAUUUAUUAUAGACAAUAUCUUAAAACUACCUAAAGAUGGUACUUGCUUUCUGUUCCCCUUCAAGACAAGUAAUAUUUAAGUAUAGGAACAAGCGAACACUAAAAUUUACUUGCCCAUUGUGCAAGUAAAUUUCAACUUAUUUUUUCCUGAAUCCUGUAUUUUUAAACUUUGCCUUAGGCUUGAGCUUGCUUUGUAUUUUUGUUAUUUUAGCGCACCCCAGUUGUAUGAAUUACUCUCCAGAGCUUGUGCUAAGGAUCACUUCAGAUGCUAGUGCCUGGCAGUGUAUUGACUGUAAAGCCUGUAUUAUAUGCAAUGACAGUGGAGAUCCCGUAAGUUGUAAACUUAAAAUCCUUUGCGUGACUUGAAGUCCCUCAGCCACUCUCUAAUCAAGUCUUUGUGGAGGGAGGAAGUUGAUGAAGUUUGGCUUUUGUGUGAUACGUGUAUAUGAAGAACUGUGCAGACCUCAGGGGUUGUUAAACUUAUCACCAAUAGAUGAGCUUGGGUACUGGUUCCAGGUUGAACAGGGGCCUGAUCACCUCAGGCAUAGCAAGGAGGUAUCCAUGGCAACCAGGUGCGAGUGAGAACCACCCCUGCCUUUCAGUGGAAAUACUCACCUGACCCCAUACCAGUACUUACCAAUGCAGGGGGGAAGGAGUGGGAGCCAGAAUCCACAAAGAAUCACUUUAAUACACAAGCAACACUAGAUCUGCAAUGAUCAGCUCUAAAUGCCAGCAAGAAAUGCAACGUAAUUGACAAGAUAAGCAAAAAGCCCUUGCAGUCACCCCACAGGUCAUGUACACUUGAGGGUUAGAUCGCUGAUGGCAUCGGCUUGAAAUUUAACUCUGCCUAAAUUAGAUUUAGCCACUCAUCACCAGUGUAUGAGCUUGGGAGCUGAUGCCUUAAAGAUUGGACAUUUAGUACCUCAGGCAUAGCAAGGAGGUAUCCAUGGCAACCCUGUGAGCUGGAACCACCCAACAUUCACAACUCUUCAAGGUGGAACCCACAACCUACAUUGUAACAGUCCCCUUGAUCUGCAUUUUAUUAUUCUUCAUAUCACUUUCAGCCUCGUUCACUAAUAGCUGUUAAUAAUUUCAAAAUUUGUCUUAACAGCUUAAUCAGUUGUGAAAUAUGUUUUUGUAAUGUGUUUGUCUUUGUAAUUUUCUUUUUUAGAGUAGUUUAUUGUUCUGCGAUGCCUGUGACAAAGGCUACCAUAUGCAGUGUCAUGUACCUCCAAUGUCUACAACACCGAUCGGUGAGAAUCUCACUUUUGAUCACUUUAACAGGCCAGGCUCAAAGUUAAAGGGGCUGAGUCACGUCAGUCUAGUUCAUUUUGUCAAUACAUUGGAACCUUGAUUUAUAGAGCCAACCUCUAUAUAACAAAGUCCUUGAUAUAAUGAACAAUUUCCCUUACCCCAAUAUGAAAAAGAACCUCGAUAUAACGAAACCUCGUUAUGGUGAAUAAAUUUUGUCAGUCCCUUGGUUCUUUGUUAAUCUAGGUUCCACUGUAUAUAGCAUAUAGCCAUGCAAUUAUGCUUUCUUAUGCACUAUUGAACUUUAACGAAGAAAUAAAAUGUCAAAAUCACAGCUUCUUGAUGAACAAAUUUACUUCCCAUGCAUUUUAUCAAACAUUACAAACAACAAAAAUGAACUUUGAAAAACUGUUGGGCUAACAUUAGCUUUCAAAACCUACAAUUUCAAGCCAUUUUAAUCUUCUUCAAGUUGGUCCAUUCCUGCCUUAACUUUUAUAUUUGCUGUGUUAUAAAUAACCUUUGAAUGUUUUGAGUGCCUGUUUUUAUGUUUAUGUUUUUAUGUUUUUAUGUUUUUAUGUUUCACUCAAUUUGGUAGCAGUUUGUGUCACGUUAGGUCGUACAUGCAACUAGAUUUUUUGGCAGUGUGGUACUUAAAAAUCAUGUGUGAUCACGCUUAGGCACCUAAAAAUCUCCAGUUCAGUCCAACUGACUGCACUGAACCCAUUGUUUAUACUGACCAGACACAAGACAGGUGCAUAAAAAUUCAGAGAAUCUAGUUCUUUUUGUCAGCAAAGUUGGUUAACUUCAAUAAGAAAAACAAACAAUAUUAUUAUUUGUUUUUGUUAAAACAGGAAAAUGGAUUUGUUACAAUUGUCAAAAUCAUCCAAUAAGUCCAGUGCGUCUUGUGGAUUCCAGUGGUUUUGUAAGUCAAGAUGUAGUGAUGAAAUCAGAUGGUGCAAGUAACAUACAAAUGGGAGAUGAUCUGCAGUUGCAUUGUGACGAGGAUCUGACAGGCGAAUGCACCGUUGAAGUAAAAGAUAUUCACAUUCAAGGUGUGAGAAAAUAAAUUAUUACUUCUAAUUAAUAUUUAUUGAGUGAGAAUGGAUUACCGCAGGGAUUACAAGGAUGUGCCACGGCUUUGUGCGCUCUCUGAUUUUGGUACUUUUAUGCCUUGAAACACUCUCUUUUGUAAUCGUCUCAAAUACAGAUGGAUAUGUCUUCAUAUCUGGUAAAAGUCAGACUUCUUUCCCUGGGAAAAAGAUAAAGUAUGACAGCAGAAUUCAUGAUUUUAUGUUUGACAAUUCUGGUUUUGGAGGCGAAUGGUUCAGUGCAUCUUCGCCAACCAUAUGGAAACAGUGGGGAUUACAAUCAACACUAGUACUUCUGAUCCUUUUGUCUUCUUUGCGGUAAAUUGUUUGAAUCUGCAUAUCAAAUUAAAUUAAAAUCCAAAGGACAAAUUAAUAUAAAUUUAAUUCAUUAAAUAACCCAUGUAAAAGGUAAAUGCACCACAUGUUAAGACCGGGGAUACAGGCCAUGGGUGGGGUCUCGUGUGAUAACAAUAGAAUGCUCAUCUGAGCCUGAGAAAAUAAGUUUCAAAUUUCACAGGAAUUGAGAAAACACAGGUGCAAGUGUAAAAUCAUCUUGUGUAAGAUUUCCUUUAGUGAAAUUUGAAGCUUUUGAAGUUGGUUUUCUCAGGCCUGCACAAGAAAUGUCUUUGUAGUGAUUUCAUAUAACGUAUUACAUUUAUAGCCCUCGAGAAGGGUAAAACAGAAUGCAAUAUUAUUGAAAUAUUAUCUGGCACAAGGUUUUUGCUCACUGAAAAUUAAAAUUCCUCAAUUUCCUAAUGGAUUCUGUCUUAAUCGUUUGGCCACUAUACUUCCAUAUACCCAUUGUAAACCAAUCAACAAUAUUCUGCAGAGCAGAGGAGGGCUUGUUAGAGAAAAGGCAAUAUGGUUAAUAAAAUGGCUAAGUUCUCUAUCUGUACAUUUAUACAAUAUUAUUGAAAUAAUCUGGCACAAGGUUUUUGCUCACUGAAAAUUAAAAUUACUCAAUUUCCUAAUGGAUUCUGUCUUAAUCGUUUGGCCACUAUACUUCCAUAUACCCAUUGUAAACCAAUCAACAAUAUUCUGCAGAGCAGAGGGGGGCUUGUUAGAGAAAAGGCAAUAUGGUUAAUAAAAUGGCUAAGUCCUCUAUCUGUACAUUUAUACAUGUAGUUGAUGCUGAAAAUGUUCAGCGGGAGUUGGAGAUGUUAAGUCACUCAACAAUGAAUGACUGCAAACCGAGCAUGCCAAGAGAAUCAACAAAUGGUGGUCCUAUGAUCGUGGAUCAUGGCGAAUCCAAUGGUCAUGAUGCAAUGACAAAUGGAGAAAAAAGUGUUGUUAAUGGCUUUCAAGGUAUUUUUCUUUGUUUCUGAAGACAUCAAUGUCAAGAUGAUACCGAUAGAAUAGGUUACUAAUGGGUUUACUGAUACGACUAGGGAUUAAGUUAGGUUUUGUUCCCAUUUUUUUUCCCAUUCCCUGUACCUGAAGACAAUGCAUUAUUAACCCACAUGUACAAUCAGGCUGAAUUUUAUUGGGGUCCUUUUACUGUCUUACAUCCUGUUUUGCCUUUCCUACAGGUACACUAAAAGGGUCAGAGAUAGAAACAAAAAAAUAAAAUUGAUCAUUGGUAGAGCAAGAUUGUAGGUUAUAUGGUACCCUGCUAGAGCUGGCAUGGUUUUUAGCAUUUACGAGGUCGUUCGCAUGGCCUGUCAGUCGUGUUGAACAGAAACUACAGAUGGCUGGCUUCAGAGGUUUCUCUUGGGGGCAUACUAAAAAAAAUAUACAAUCCAACUAUCUGACUGACAAACUUUAGGACAACUUUAUAAAUGUUAAAAGUCAGGCCAGAAAGAAACCUCUGCUUGCAUGGCAGUUGUAAGACAAGAAACAGAGAUCUUGCAUUCUUUGUUAAUGACCUUGCAACAUCUUUUCUGUCACAGGUUCAACAAACAAAGAUUCACCGCCUGUGUCUGGCAAUACAGCUAGUGAUACAGAGAAAGGCAAAAGUAAUCUUCCCCCCGAGACAGCACUGUGGACCGUCACUGAAGUGGUGUCUUUCUUCAGUUCUCUGGGAUUUCCAGAGGAAGCUAAAUCCUUUCAAAACCAGGUAAAGCACCAUUACUUCUUAACUAAAGUUUUUUGUGGAUCAUUCUAACUAAACCCACUCUACUAAAGAAAAUUAUCUUUUCCUUCUGUCACACACUAAGAACUUGGAUGUCUCAGGUUUAUAGUUUUUGCAGGCUUAUAUAGAGAGGAGAAGUCGUUACGUCACAUCACCAUUUGAUGGUCGCUAAAUUUCUGGAGCUCAACAAACUGUGGUCCUGCAAAUAUGGCAGGAAAAAAGGAAAAAAUUGACAUGUAUGACGUUUCUCUGCAUUAUUGCACUCAGGAACAAAACGGUAGCCAAUACCUUUCUUUGAUUGUUUGACAAUGCAAAUGGGCAUCUCUGUCAAGAAAGAAUGUUGAGAUCCAGAAAUUUUGAUACCAUGGUAACUUGAUGUCACACUUCUCCUCUCUGUAAGCACACUUUUAUUAAUUAUUCUCUUUGAUUUAAAAAAUCAAUAAUUUUAUCUUUCCUCUUCAGGAAAUUGAUGGUGAGGCCUUGUUACUGAUGUCCAGAAAUGAUGUACUGACUGGCAUGUCAAUCAAACUAGGACCUGCACUAAAGAUUUAUGUCCACGUAGCCCGUCUUCAAAGUCAAAAUGGCACCAUACCUUCAUAACGAAAUAAAUUAAUGUACAGUAACAAUUUUUAUACGUAAUUAUUAGGAAUUAGUAUUUUUCUCGUGUGGUCCAUUUUUUAAUGACAUCUGAGACAUGCCCUGGCUAUGUGAGACAUUAACUCAGCCCCUUUUAUAGAUGCUAAUUCCCACAGCCUUUUCUGGAGGGAAGAGAUCGCCUUUGGGAAAUAUUUUCCAAGUAUUCAUUAAGAGUAAUAGACUCUAAUGAGAUUAACUUCCUGCCUUAUUAUUUAAGAGAUUAAGAAUUAUGUGCUGGCGAUUUAUGUCAUGAAAAGUACUGUUUCAUUCUUCUAUACAUCCAACCCCUUGGAGUUAAGCAUGUAUUCUCUUUCAUUGCAUGCUUCUCAGUUUAGUUGGGUUUAUUAGACCUUGGGUAUGCAGAAGUUCAAAGGGCCGUAAUGGGAUUUCAGUUGUGUGAGGCGAGUGCAGACGUAGAGAAAUCUGACAUAUUAAUCAGGCACUAUCUUUCACCUCGCUCAUUGGAUCUCUAAAAAUGAAAAGCCUGCUUGAGGCUAUGCAAAGGAAAAUCAAAAAAUAGGAGUGUUGUGAAUUCAGUAAUAUUACAUCUCGUUGUGUCACAAUAAUUUCACAAGCCACUAUUAUAAUGUCCUCUUGAGACACUCCUUUUCUAAUAAUAUUAAUAAUAAAUACAUGUACCCCUAAGAGAUAUGCAGGGCUACAUAGAGGAUAUAAUAUCAUUAUGGUAGCAUUUUUCGUUUAUUUGUUGUUGUUUUUUUGUAAAUUUUUCAGACAGAUUCUCAUGUUGGCUAAUGAUAACAAUACUAAUCGAUCCAUUGCAUCAAUUUAGCUCAGUUUGUAUUGUGGAGAUCUGGAAAUUCAGAUAUUAAGAUAAUUUCAAUAAUUAAUUAUUAGCUAAUUUAAAAUAGUUAAUUUUUGCUAUAAACAGUAGAUAGUAAUACUUUUUUCAUACAGCAUUUUCUUCAUAUUGAAGGAAAGACCGAAUAUCAACAGUAAUUUUUUACACUAAAACUUAGAUAGCAAUAUUUUGCAAUUGAGCUGUUUAAUUAUAUAUUAAGGCUUGUUAAGGGUGCGUUUGAUAGACCAUAUGUAGGAUUUAAAGUACAUAAAACAAAAUCUAAAUGUAACUUUGGCUUUCAUUACACGCUAAAAGCCAGAGUUUUAAGAUGAAUGUGGCAUUGUAAUGGUAAAAAAAUUUGCAGUCAAAGAGAAGUGACUAUCAAUCGAAUGCACCCUUAGUAGAAUAUGCUGUGUUGGUUUCGUUUUCAUGAAGUUCGCUGUGAUUCCAGCUUUUAAAUGAACACUGUGAAGCUGUCAGUAGCGCUCCUUGCUUCAAAACACUUUGUGUUAUCUUUUUGUGUGUGUGGACGAAACUUGUCAUGUAAUAAGUUUUCACAAAUAUAACGCACCGAGUAAGCUAACGCUUAUGAGUGCUUUGACCAGUUCUUGUGGAGACAAAAAAUAGUACGAGAGUGAAAAAGACGGGGAAAGGUGCCUUCCUUCGUAUCAUGGGUCGGGUAGGUUAAAUAGACUGAUAGCAGCCGCUAGUGGUGCCUUCUAUGCCAGAAGACCACGCUAAUAUAUUUAUUGUAAAAGACACAUAUUGUCUCAUUCACGCCCCCUUGUAAGGUAAUCCAAGACAGUUUCGGAUUCCGGAUUCUACGCCUUGGAUUUCUGAUUUUAUGUACUGGAUUCCGGAUUCCCAGAGCUGAAACCCGGAUUCCAAAGCCCAGAAUUGCAGAUUCCACAAGAAAAAAUUUCCCAGAAUGGGGAUUACUUUACUAGGGGCGACAUUCACGACAUUUCAUUUUUUUCAUCAGUCUCUUUAACCCGGCUUUUCGCAAAAGAUAGAAUUCUCCAGUGAAAAAAGUUUUGUUCAGUUUUGAAUUUUAUGUGCCGUGUGAUAUGUUGUAGGAAGAAUCGAAAAGUAAGGAAUAACUUAUAAGCGGAUGCGUUUGAAUGACUCUUCCAGCGCAAGGAAAGACAAACGUGCAGGCGUGAAUAUUUAAAUGGCUCCAAAAUUUAAUUGGAAGGAAUUUUGAAGCUCUCCCUUUUGUGUUAUCGUCGUUGUUUUUGUAUGUGUAUCUGUUCAGUCAAACGCAUCCUUGGUACAAAAUAAAAGUGUUAAAAUAAUUUCAAAAGGAAGAUAUGCUCAUACAUU